AUGAGCGGCAGUGGCGGUUUCUACAAGUACCGGUGCAAAUACUUCUAUUCCCAUAACUGCACCAAUUGGGUUUGGGUAAAUAAUGCGCCAUGUGCCUCGUGUCUCGCCGAAGGAAGGGAUGAGGAGCACAAGCAGUCAUCAUCAUGGCCACUCUCCAGAGAUAUUGUGGCACCCCGUGUCCGUGAUGGAAUCUUACAGUAUAUGCUGAUGGAGCUGGUGGCCCCGACAGAACCAGGUCACAGCUGGACUCUGCAGGACAAGGCUCAACCAGCACCUCCGGCGGUGCCUGUGACCACCUCUGUGUCAGAGCCUGUUGGGAGGGCGGUAGGCAGGUUCGAAAUCUCAAAGACGGCUAUAGACUCUUUUUGA